GCGAGGCAGUACAGCGGGGGCUGUGCACAUCCACACAGGCAUGGCUCCUCUGGAUUGGAAAAACACAGGAAGAAGGAAGGAUGGGAUUGUAAAUCACCCUUUCUGUUAGGGUUUUCUGCUUUGCCGUUUGUGUGCGCGUGUGUAUGUGUGUGUGCUUGUGUGAGUGUGUGUGUGUCAGGUUGAGGGUGUCAGGGAGGAGGGGACGUAUUCAUCACAGCCUCCAGCAGCUCUUUUGCUUUCACCGGGAAACCAGACAGCCAGAUCUGUUUUGCUUCCUGCUGGAAAGAGGGUGCAAGGACAUCUGGGUGUUUUUGUGUCAGCUUUUCCACUCUGGAUUUUAUUUUCUCGCACACACAUAUAUGCACACUGGAACUCAUGAAAUGCACAGGGCGAGAGCCGGAGAGUGGGGUGUAGAAUGGCUCACUAUAAGGAUGUAUCUGUCAGGAAGACUUCUUUAAAUCUGGUGACUGGAUUUUUUCAGUAUCUUCGUGAUGAGCAAGAGGCAGUGCAGAAGAGAACCUUCACAAAAUGGAUCAAUUCUCAUUUAGCCAAGCAUAAACCACCACUAGAGGUAAAUGACCUGUUUGAGGACAUCAAAGAUGGGGUGAAGCUCUUGGCACUGCUGGAGGUCCUGUCUGGGCAAAGACUUCCUUGUGAGCAAGGCCGCCAGCUGAAGAGGAUCCACUGGGUUUCCAACAUCGGCACUGCACUCAAAUUCCUUGAAGGCAGGAAGUCUGUGUAUCGAGGAUCACCGAUCAAACUUGUUAACAUUCAUGCAACUGACAUCGCAGAUGGCCGACCAUCAAUUGUCCUUGGGUUGAUAUGGACUAUUAUCCUCUACUUUCAGAUUGAAGAGCUAACCAGUAACCUGCCAGCUCUUCAGGCUCUAUCCAACAGCAACUCUUCCGUGGAGAGUAUUGCCAGCUCUGGAACAGGAAGCCCUCCAAUGAAGAGAAAGGUGGUCAACAAAUUUAAGGGCAAUGCCAAGAAGGCACUGCUCAAAUGGGUGCAGUGUACAGCAGCCAAGAAUUUUGGAAUUGAGGUGAAGGACUUUGGUCCCAGUUGGCGUGAUGGCGUUGCAUUCCAGUCAGUGGUGCACGCCAUCAGACCUGACCUGGUGGACAUGGAGGUGGUACGGCGAAGAAGCAACAGGGAGAAUUUGGAGGGGGCCUUUUCACUCGCAGAAAACGAGUUGGGCAUUCCCCGUCUGCUGGAUCCAGAAGAUGUGGACGUAGACAAGCCAGAUGAGAAAUCCAUCAUGACAUACGUGGCGCAGUUUCUGAAGCACUAUCCGAACCCCCAUCAUUCUGAGACCGACGGUCAGCAGGAUGAGCUGCUUCUUGGCUCAAUUCCAACUUUUGCACUGUCAGUGCCAGUGCUCCAGAGAGAGGAGCGGAAGAUGCUGAGAGAACUAAAGGUGUUUUUAGAUCAGCUGGAGAGAGAUGUGCUCCGGGCCCAAGGAACAGAGGGAAGCCUUGCUGACAAGUACCAGGCAUUUAAGAACUUCCGUGUCCAGUAUGAAAUGAAGAAAAAGCAGACAGAUCCACUCUUACAGCCAGUCCAAAAGGAUGGCAAGCUCUCUGUGGAUCAAGCUCUGGUCAAGCAGGCCUGGGAUCGUGUGUCUACCAGGCUGCUGGACUGGCACAUCCAUCUGGACAAGUCCCUGCCUGGGCCUCUGGGAGUGAUUGGCGCCUGGCUGCACAGAGCCGAGAUGGCUCUGAGAGAGGACAUUCCCAUCCAACAUGCUCAUGAAGAGACAGCCAAUGUACUUCACAGAAAACUAGAGCAGCAUAAGGAGGUAUUGAAAAGCUUGGAGUCCCACAGGCAAACCUUUCAGCAGAUCCACAGGGACAGAUCGGUGAAUGGGGUGCCUGUCCCACCUGAGCAGCUCCAGGAUAUGGCAGAACGGUUCAACUUUGUGUCUACAUCAUCACACGCUCACUUGAUUAAGCUGGAAUUCUGGGAAAUGAAGUAUCGACUGAUGGCAUUUCUUAUGUUGGCUGAAUCAAAACUCAAGUCGUGGAUCAUUAAAUAUGGCCGACGGGAUUCAGUUGAACUCCUCUUGCAAAGCUACCUUACAUUCGUUGAAGGCCACAGAUUUUUUGAGCAGUAUGAGACAAUCUUCACAGGUCUCAAGCAAGCUGCAGAGGUUUAUGUUAAAUCUGACAGUUCAAGGUCUAAGACCUGUAACAGAGUUGAUGAAGCAGAGGGGGUGAGUAAAUUCCUCAGUGAUACCACAGCUCAGUGGAAGAACCUGGCUUUGGAGGUGCGCAGUGUACGGAGCAUGCUGGAGGAGGUGAUCGCUAACUGGGAGAAGUACAGCAGCACAGUGGCAGCUCUGCAGGCUUGGCUAGAGGAUGCAGAGCAGAUGCUCAGCCAGUCAGAGAGUGCCAAACGUGACUUUUUCAGAAACCUCUCCCACUGGAUCCAGCAGCACAUGGACAUGAACGAUGCCGGGAACUUUCUCAUCGAGACAUGUGACGAUACGGUCUCACGGGAUCUAAAGCAGCAACUUCUUCUGCUGAACGGGAGAUGGAGGGAACUGUUUGUUAAAGUCAAACAUUAUGCAAGAGCGGAUGAGGUGGAUAAAUUGAGGCAAGACUACCAAGAUGGGAUUAAUACACUGAAGAUGUUCAUGGAUGCAACCAAUGAGAAGAUGACAGCUCCUAUCCAAGUAUCUUUUCUAAAUUGCAGAGCCUUUGUCCAAGAUGUUGAGGAAAUCAAGCACAAAUUGCCAGCUAUGGAAGCAGCCUGUAAGGCAGCAAGCCGCACAGCUCAGCUGUUAACCAAAGACACUCCACAAGAGGAAGUUUCACAGAUGAUGACUGUGAUGGCUUCAAUCAAAGAGCAGCUGAGUAACAUAAGGGAGAGAUGUUUGCCUCUGCUUCGGGAGUCUCAAUCGCUUUUACCUCCACUGGAGGAAAUGGAGAAGAAUAUCACAGGCUUCUACCAAGCUCUGGAGAAGGCUAGUCAUAUCACCAGCACCACCGACUCGGAGGGACCAGUAGACUUUAAACAGAAAUGCCAGGAACUGGCAACCUUCACACAUAGCUGUAAGAAGUGUCUGACAGUAAUAGAGAAAGACCACCAGACCAUCCAGAAAAUAAUGAACAGCAGUAAAACCCUUGAGCAUAUGGAUAUGGGUCUGCUGCAGAAACGGGUAGCAGACCUGCAGACCUCAUCACAGAACUUGAUUAAAGAGUCCACAGAGUGGAGAAAACAUGUGGAGGCCAACAGCAGUCUAAUGAAGAGAUUUGAUGAGUCACGGGUAGAGCUGGAGAAGGUUCUUAAAAUGGCACAGAACUUUCUGACAGAAAGAGGCAACCCAGAGGAGCUGCUGAAGAAACACACUGAAUUCUUUGGACAGCUUGACCAGCGGGUCUUGAACACUUUCCUGAAAGCUUGUGAUGAGCUGACAGAUAUUUUGCCGGAGCAGGAGCAGCAGUCACUGCAGGAAACAGUUAGAAAGCUGCAUAAACACUGGAAGGAUAUACAGACAGAUGCUCCCUUUCAUCUCCUGCAUUUGAAGGUGGAGGUGGAAAGAAGCAAGUUGAUGUUGUCACUGCAAGAGUGCCAGGCAGAGCUGACCAGGGAAAACCGCCACCUGGCUAGCAUGGGCAGCGAAAGGCUCAUUAAGGAGCACAGGGCCUUCUUUAGGGAAAAGGGUCCCCAGUCUAUAUGUGAGAAAAGGCUGCAGCUGAUGGAGGAAUUUUGUCAAAAACUCCCUGAGGGUGACCCGGCUCACCAGACCUUGGAGACGGCAAGAAAGGACUUUGCUGAGGUCCGGGAGGAAAUUGAGAACACUCACCAGAAGUUAAUGCAGCACCAAGAUAAAUGGAAGGAGUACAACAAAAGAUACGCUGAACUUUCCUGUUGGCUUAUAUCUAAAGAAAGCCAACUGAGGAUGCUGAGAAACCGAGCUAAUGACCCCAAUAAAUAUGGCACGGUGAAGGCUACCAUAACGGAGCUGAGGAAUGAUGCAGAGCUACAGGAGGGGAAUCUUGGCUGGCUGAAAAGCCGUAUGGCUGUACUGAUUGAAAUCUGUGCUGACAGCGAUGCCCAGAGGCAAGGAAGUGCACUGAGCAAGCUCUCCACUGAUUUUAAGGGUCUUCUCGCUUCUCUGUUAGAGGCCGAGAAGAUGGUGCUGGCUGUUGGGGAUUGUGUACAAUUCAGAGAAGAGGUACAAACCACACUGGAAGACCUGCUUCAGGGGCAGAAAGAGGCUCAGGCUGAGGUUACUAAAAUACUGGACUGCUCAACUGCUAGAGAAGCCCAACAGAUGCUGCUUGUUCAUCAGCAACUAUUAAAACGCCUGAAACUAAAGAGGAAGGAUGUUCAGCAUCUGUUCACCAGAGGCCAGCAACUCCAGGCUGAGGAGGGAUUGGGGGAGACUCUGCAGCAGGACCUGCAGAGUUUAGAGAACACACUUAGCAAAAUGGAACAGAAUAUGGAUUCACAGGAGCAAAGCCUUGAGGUCACACUGGCAGCCUGGCAGGAGUUUGACAGCCAACAGGAAGCAGUUCAUGAGUUUGUUAACAAAGCACGCUCAACUAUGGAGAGAGACCUGAACUUCAGCAGUCCAGAAAGUCUGGCAGUUGAACUCGAUCAGGCCAGAGUGCUGCUGAAGCAAUGUGAAGCAAAGGCCCUACAUAUGAACACGUUGCUGAAGAGAUCAGCAGAAAUCCAGCUGGGCCCCAAAAACAAGACUCUGCUUUUACAGCAAGCCCGUUCUCUCAGCGAACAAGUGGAUAAAGUAGAGUCUGGGCUGAAAAAAGAUGUCAAGAAUCUGGAAGAAAUGAAAGAUCAGUGGGAUCAGUUUGGAGCUGGAUUUGAAGCUUUUUCCUUAUGGAUAUCUGAAAAGGAAAAACAGCUGGAUGCAAUGAAGUCUUCUACUUUGCCUCUGGAGGAACAGAUCGACACAGUCAAGGCUGUUGCGGCAGAACUUCAGUCUCGAGCGGAGGUCCUUUCUCAGCUGGAGACAGACUCCCAGGCGCUGGCUCAGUUUGUGUCUUCGGGAGAGGCGGCUCGCAUCAAGGCUCGUCUGACCCAAAUCGGCAGGUACUGGGAGGAGCUGAAGGAGAGCGUCCAGCAGCUUGAUGGACAGCUGGAGGAAAGCUCUUCUCACCAGCAGAAGUUUAAAAUGAGCCUAGAGGAGGUACAAGCAUCUCUUAGUGAGCUGUAUACAAAGCUGGAGCAUCCUAUCAAAUCCUGCACCUCCUCAUCAGAGACCUACAAAGCCCUUCAAAAUCACAUGGAUGCCUGUCAGUGUCUGGAACGGCUGAAAGGAACCUUGCUGUCGCUGUCGGCUGGCGCCCGUCGACUGAGUGACAAAGAGCAAGCAGAGCGGACUGUGACAGAGCUAAACACCACCUAUGACCAGCAUGUACAGGAAGCAAAGGACAAACAGAGCACUUUGGAAAACCUGCUCUCCCUUUGGCAAAAGUAUGAGAAGCAGCAUUCAAACUUUGUUUCCUGCUUGGAGAGAAGUGAAUCUGCGUCCAAACCAGAAAGUCCAUUCCUGUCAGCUGAUAAAGCCAAGCUCCGCGGCGAGAUACAGGAUUUGCAGGCCUUGCACUCUGAGGUUCAGUCCCUUGAGAGGGCUUAUGCUGAACUGGCGUCUCUGGGGACAUCGUUGUAUCCCACUGCAGAGGGAGAGAGAGUUAGUCAGCUGAAAGAUGAGCUUGCAACCCUGCAGAGGAGAUUGCAUGUCCAAAAUGAAGUUCUCCCUCAAAGAAUCUCAGAGCUUCAGAGCCACCUUUCACUGGUAGAGCAGUUUGACCAGGCCUUGCUUAAAUUCUGCCAAUGGAGUGAGAACAUGCUCUCAAAUCUGCACUCAUCUCCUCAAAUAAAUAUCGGCAAACUGCAGCCUGCUGCAACACAAGUAAAGGAGAUGCAGGCGGCCCUGCAGAAGCAGUCCACUGUGAGAGAGAGCUUGGAGCAGCAGACCGAGAAGCUCUGUCAGUUCUGUGAGCCUGGUGAUGCACAGCUCCUACGUAGCAGAGCAGACAGCUGUCUGCAGCCCUACAUGGAGGCCCAGAAUAUAGCCGAGCUCCAGUUAGAGUGCCUGGAAAGGCUCGAGGCUUUUUUGCAGACCCACGGUGUGGUGACCGGAGUUUUGCGGGGUCUGAGACAGACUGUCGAAAGUGCUGGGAGCUGGGACCGUGGAAGAGUGGAGGAGCUGCAGCAAGAGCUGACCACUAUUGUCCCAGACAUUAGUCAGCUCGAGACUCUAGCCAUCAGUCUGGACAGCAGUCUAUGCAAAAGUCAUCUUCACAUUGGUGCCGAUGAGGGUUCUCCUAAGUCAUGUCGCAUGCUGGCGGAUUCCCUUAGUGUUGAGCUGGAUGCAGUGAGAAACUUGCUUGGUACUAAGCAGAGUGAAGCGGAAGCCCUGGGGGCUCUGUGGACUUCAUUUAGACAGCGGAAAGAGCAGCUUCUGAAAGCCGUGGAAGAUAUUGAAGAAAAAGCAGACCGCCAGAGCCUUAAAGAACCCAGCCUGCAUGGCUUACAGCAACGACUUCGGUUCUUUAAUCAGCUAGAAGAUGAGCUCCAGUCACACCAGCAUGAGGAGCAGUGGCUGAGGGACAAAGGCAACCAGCUGGCUCAGAGAGAUGCAGAGUUGGCUGGAGAGGUACUGAGGGAAAUCAGCUUGCUAGAGACUACAUGGGAGGACACCAAGAGGCUCAUUGCAGAGAGACAGGAGCAGUGCAGUGUCCUUACUGAGCUUAUGAGAGAAUACCAAAUCAUGAAAGCCUCCCUCAGCAGCACUAUUGAGAGUGCUGAACCUUUGCUUGAGAUAAGCUCUGUUCUGAAGGACCACGAGGAAACUAGGAGGUCACUAACCAAGCAUGAAGCAGUGAAGGUGGAUCUGGCUGCCAAGCAGCAUGAACUAGAUCAGUUUUCCAGCAAAGGAAAACAGCUGGUGACUGAAACAAAGAAGGUCCCUGAGUGUGACUCUCAAAUGAUGAAAAAGGAUAUGGAGACACUUGUUGACCAGUGGUUGGAUGUGUCUGAGAGGGUGGAUGACAACAUUGAUCGACUAAACCAGUGUUUGGGGCUGUGGGAUGAUGUGCGUAAAAUCAAUGAUGAUAUUGAGAGCUGGACUGGCACGAGUGUGAUUGAGCUAAAUGAAAGCCUGAACAACCUAAACAACAGCCAGAAGAUAUCAGCAAGGCUUACAGAGUUGAAGGUGGAACUUGGCGAGAAGGAGCAGAAACUUGAAGCCCUGCAAAGUAAAGUGGCAGAGUUGAAGAAGUGCAGUCAAAACCAAGAGACUCCAGCUAAACUACAGGUGUUGGAGAAUGACCUGCGCAAAAAGAUCUGCACUGUCCAGAAGCUACAUGAGCAAGCUAUGGGAAAUCUCAUGGACUUCAGUUCCCAACGGAAACAGCUUGAAGACUACAUCUCACAGAUGUCUGCAUGGUUAAAAAGUAUGGAAGAUUCUCUAGUUUCUUCUCCAACUGGAUCAGAUCCUGAGGACAUAUGCAGAGUGAAGGACCUCCAGAAGGAGCUGCAAAAUCAGCAAGGGAGUAUUGACUCCACCAGAGAAAGCCUCAACACGUUGUGCAGAAAAUAUCCAUCUGAGGAGCUGGCUGGUUUGGGUUCAGCUCUCACUGAUCUUAUCAAGACUUAUGAGUCUGCAAACCAGCUUUCUGCAAGGACACUUGCCUCACUGCAGAACGGUCUUCAGCAGCAGUUCAAUGACCUAGUUCAGGAGUUUCAUCGCUGGCUUUCAGAGCAGAGGGAGAUAGUGAAAGAAUGCUCUGACCGAUCAGGAGACACUCAAAUUGUGGAACGCAAACUGCAGAAACUAAAGGGUGCCAUGGAUCGUGUGGAGGAGGGUGAGGUACGUCUGACUCAGGUCUGUGAGGAAGGAGAGAAGCUCCUACUUCAUCUUCCCAAAGCCAGCGCUGGGCAGGUCCAGCAGCAUCUUUCAUCUAUCCAGCAGGACUGGGACAGCUUUGUGGAGCAGUGCAGACAGAACCAACAGAUCCUGGAAGACAGUGCAUCUCUUAUGAAAGGAUUUGAGGGUCGCCUUAAGAAGCUCAGAUGGUGGUUGGAACACAUGGAAAAGAAAAUGACCACCGAUCUGCUUGAAGCCCAGCAACAUGGUCCUGAAAAGGCUGUCCUGGAACAAGUGGAGGAAUACCAGCAGGAAGUGCUCAAAGAAAGGGAUUCAUUUGAGCGUCUCUGUCAAGAGGGGCAGGCACUUAAUGAAGGUGGGCGAGGUGAUGGAAGUGAGACAAGAGUUUCUGCUCAGCUUCAAUCACAACACCAGGCCUUGCUGAGGCGUGUGAGAGAGAGGCUGCGCAGUUGCCAGCUCACUUUACAAGAGCAACAGGCCUUUGAAGAGACACUACAGGCUACCUGGACCUGGCUCAAUGGUGUCCAGGAGCGCCUGGCUUCACUCAACAGCACAGUUGGCAAUAAAGAGACUCUGGAAAAAAGACUAGGCCUUGUACAGGAUAUCCUGCUAAUGAAGGGUGAAGGUGAGGUGAAGCUCAACAUGACAGUAGGAAAAGGUGAACAGGUUCUAAAGCACAACAGAAUGGAAGGGCAAGAAGCUAUUUGUCUGCAGCUCCAGAGCCUGAAGGAUGCCUGGGCUAAUAUGUUAAUGACAUCUAUGAGUUGUCACAGUCGUCUGGAGUGGACAGUGGCUCAGUGGACCAGCUAUCAGGAAAAUAAAAGCCAGCUGCAGCAGUGGAUGGAGUCAGUGGAGCAAGAGGUGGGGAUGACUCUGCCUCAGCAGCCAGGCCUCAAAGAGAAGUCGGCUUUACUUGAGCGCCUCAGAGCCAUCCAGGCUGACGUGGACGCUCAUGCAGCGGUCCUGUCAUGCCUAACAGACAAGGCGGUGGAGUUGCAUGAAAAAACUGGUGAUCAGAUUUUUGGACCAGAGUCAAGGGCAGAGCUCAAUGCACACUUUGCUGAUAUCUCGGCUGUUGUCAAGGGUAAAGUACAGUCCAUGCAAAACAUCGUGUCUGAGCAUGAGCAAUAUCUUGAUGCUGUGAGAGACUUCAACGACUGGCUAAUUUCAGCAAAAGAGGAACUCCAGCGCUGGUCUGACCUGUCAGGAGACUCAGUUUGCAUUAAAAGAAAGCUCUCCAAAGUGCAGGAGUUGCUUGACUCUAAGCAGCGAGGCAGAGAAAGGCUGAACCGGGUUCAGAGAUGCGGAGCAGUGGCAAGAGACUACACCGGAUCGGGGGGAUAUGAGACUAUAGAGCGAGAGGAAGCAGCCCUGUUGUCAUCAUGGGAACAGUGGGAGCGGGCAGCACUACAGACACGUGCAAGUCUAGAGACCACACUGUCACAGAUAGCAAGUUCUGAACAAGAGUUCAGCAGCCUGUCAGCACAGCUGGAGCAGGACCUGCAGGACUUCAACCGACAGCUACAGGACUGGCGACUAAGGCUGACCCAAGCAGAGAGAAAAAAUGACGCAGAGGAAGCUGUUAAAGGCUGGCAGAUAGCAAAGGACACUUUGGAGGAACUUGUCAAAGCUGAGCCCAUGUCUGAUAGUCUGAAGACUAAACUAAACGAUCUGUGCCGAUUCUCCAGAGAAAUGGGAACACAGUCAGAGAGAGUGUCUGCUCUCAUCAAGGAAUACAAUAGUCUGAGUCUCCAAGCCUCCAGGGAGUGCCAGGGCAAAGAGAAGCUGCUGGAACAAGGUUUCCGCUCCGCCUUCAGAGAGUUCCAACAGUGGUUGGUCAAUGCUAAGAUCAACACGGCGAAGUGCUUUGACGUACCUCAAAAUCUCAGUGAGGCCUCGUCUAGUUUGCAGAAAAUUCAGGAGUUUCUAAGUGAUAGGGAGCAAGGUCAGUCAAAGCUGAAUGCUGUGGUUGUGAACGGUGAGCUUGUCUCUAGUGUCACAGCUAAAGAUAAAGUUGAUGCAGUUCGGGUUAAAAUGAACACUGCCAGAGAGGACUGGAAGAACAUGAUGUCCAGUCUGCACAACAGAGAGACAUGUCUGCAAAAUCUCGUGUCACAGAUGAAGGACUUUGAGGCGAGUGCAGAACCUGUUCAGGACUUCCUAAACGCCACAGAGCUGGCUGUACAGGAGAGCAGCACAAGACUUCAUGAUCUCACAGCCAAGAAGUUGGAGCUUCACAAGCUACAGUCUGUGCUUGAGGAGUUAGCCUCUCAAGAGGUUCAGCUGAGCAGGCUGAAAGAGAAGGCCAAGCUGUUGUGGGACGAACACGCUGCCGGCAAGGGUUUUGUGCACCGUGUGUCACAGCUCUCUGCUCAGUACCUAGCUUUAACCAACCUGACAAAGGAGAAGGCAUCACGAAUUGAUCGGAUAGUCAACGAGCACCAGCUUUUCUCCCAAGGUUUAAAAGAGCUGCAGAACUGGGUGGUUGACACCAGCCAUAUGUUGCAGACUUACUGUGCUCCCACAGCUGACAAAAAUGUUCUUGACAGCAGGAUGAUCAAGCUGGAGGCUUUGCUAACUGCACGUCAGGAGAAGGAAAUUCAGCUGAAGAUGCUGAUCACAAGAGGAGAAUCAGUUCAGAGGAACACCUCAGCCGAGGGAGUGCCUGCAGUUCAAAAGCAAAUACAGGAGCUAAAAGAUUCUUGGGAUGCUCUGCUCUCUGCUUCUAUUCAAUGCAAAAGUCAAUUGGAGGGCUCCCUGUCUCAGUGGACCAGUUACCAGGAAGAUGUACACCAGUUUGUUGCUUGGAUUGAGCGUGUUGAGGAGAGUCUCGAUCCUGCUGAUAAACAGUGCCCAGAGAUGAGAGAUAAAACUGCAAAUCUGAGCAAAGCUAAGUUACUGUAUGAGGAAGUGCUCACCCAUAACACCCUACUGGACACCAUAACAGCAAAGAGUGCCAGCAUCACUGAGAACUAUGUCACUCAGCUGGAACUCCAAGAUCUGCAGGAGCGCUAUAACACUGUCAAAGACAAUGCAAUGAGGGCUGUUGGCAAAGCUGAGGAGCUGGUGAAAGCCCACCAAGAGUAUCAGCGGGGCCUUCAUGCAUUUGAAGAGUGGCUAGAACAGGAACAAGAGAAGCUUGGCUGCUACACCCAGCUGGAGGGUGACGUUGAUAUGCUGGAAGAGACUCUCCAAAAACUACAGGAACUACAGCUUCACUGCACAGAGGGCCAGGCUUUACUAAACACUCUACUGGUGAGUCGAGAGCUGGUCAUUCCCUGGGGCUUGCCUCAGCUAGAAGACAGAGCUCUAGAAACGCUUGAGCAGGAGUGGCGGCUUUACCAGGCCCGGCUAUCAGACACCCGAGCCCAGCUCAACAGUGCUUUAGCCAAACUUCGGCAGAUGGAGCAGAAGUUCCAGCGUCUUGACAGCUGGCUAAAGGGCAUGGAGACCAAAGCACAACUGCGUAGUCAUCGGCGAUCCGACCGUGCCACUAAAGAUGCUCAGCUUCAGCUCAUAAAGAGCUGGCAGGAGGAAGUGCUGGUUUAUCAAGAAGAAAUGGAGGGCCUGAGUCUUUUGGCUCAGCAGGUUCUCGAUGAGACACAUAUUAGCAGCAGGAUCAGCACCAGAGCCACCCAGAUCACAGCCCGCUACCACGCCCUGCUUCUGCAUUUACUGGAGACUAUCAAACAGCUCCAGCAAGAGGUGUCUUGCAUCGAAGAGGCGCAGUGUGUUUUCACGACCUUCUCAGACUGGCUCAGCACAGCUCAGAAUAACUUCAGCACUGUGGCUAUAAGUGUUGAUAUAGUGGACCGCUUUGCCAUGGAGAGAAAGAUGAAGAAACUAGAGGCUCUUCAGGCUGACAUGGAGCAGGGUCACAUUUACUUAAAGGCAAUGAGGGAGAAGACAGAGCGAGCAAUGGCGUUCUUGGAAGAGCCUGAAGCUGAGCAGCUCAAAGAGGAGGUGGACACUCGACUUUUUCAGCUUGAGGAACUUAUGGCAGCUCUGCGUACAGAGCAUAGCUCCCUUGAGAAGUGCAUCUCCCUCUCCAAAGACUUUAUGGAUAAGUACAAGGCCCAGGCCCAGUGGGUGAUGGAGACCAAAAACCUUUUAGCAUCAAAUGUAGAGCCUAAAGCUGAACUUUACCAGAAGAAGGCUCAGCUGGCAAAGUACAAGACCAUCCAGCAGACAGUCCAGUCUCAUGAGUCAGCAGUGAAAUCUGUCAUUGAGAAAGGAGAGGCACUGCUUGAUACAGUAAACGAUCCAACUAUCAGCGAAAACAUGAAAAGGUUGCAGGCUGAUUACCAGGAUCUGUGCUUGGCUGCUAAGGCACAGGUCCAGAACCUUGUGGAGUGGGUGAAAGAACAUGAGGAUUACAACAGUGAGCUGCAGGAAGCUGAGAAGUGGCUUCUGCAGAUGUCCAGUAGGCUGGUGACCUCAGACUCCAUGCAGACCAGCAGUAUGGAGAUGGCCACUCAACAGCUUGCCAGACACAAAGCUAUAAUGGAGGAAAUAGCCAGUUUUGAGGAGCGUCUCGCCAGCUUGAAGCAGAAGGGAGAAGGUCUUGUUGCCAGUUGUACAGACCAAGUUCAAACCAAGAUCAGUCAGCAGGUCCAGGCUCACAUACAGGGAACCAGUGAUAGCUACUCCGCCAUCUGCAGUACUGCCCAACGUGUCUACCAGAGUCUGGAUCGUGAACUGCAGAAACAUGUUAAUCACCAGGACACAUUGCAGCAGUGUCAAACGUGGCUCUCUACUGUACAAGAGGAGCUUCAGCUCAAUGAUCAGGGACCAUCUGGUCUGCAGGAAGCACUGAAGCAGGUGAAGCACUACAGAGCACUUCAGGAGCAGGCCAGCACUUACCUAGACCUGGUUUGCUCUGUAUGUGACCUGUCCGAUGACGCCGUAAGAGUGACAGCUGCGGAGGUCCAGCAAGUCAAACUCACGAUAGAGGAACGGAUGUCCAGUGCUCAAGAGCUUUCAGAGGGCUGGAGAGAGAUCAAGGAACAGAAGCAAGACCUAACCAGCCUGUUCCAGGACAUGGAGCAGCAGCUUCUCAGCCUCUCCAGAAGGCCAGCAGAGCUGGAGACCAAGAUAGCACAAAACAUGCUGUCACAAGCCAAGGAAUGCAGCCAGCAACUUCAGUCCAAACAGAGUAUCCUGACCAAGAUGACUGAGACUGUGAGCAGAUUGACAGGCGCCCAAGAGUCUCCAGAGCAUGCAGAGCUUGACCGUCUGAGCCAUUCCUGGCUCGAGCUCUGUCACCAGGCCAACAAGCUCCAGAGCCAGAGAGAGGAAGAUCUGCAGAGGUCUAAAGAAUACCAUGAGUGCAUCGCUGCAGUGGAGGUGCUGUUUGAACAGGUGUCCAAAGAGUGGGACAAUUUGGCCAGAACGGAUGCUGAAAGUUCAUCUCAGCAUUUGGAGGCCUUGAGGAAGCUUGCAAUAACUCUUGAAGAGCAAAAAGGCACUCUUGAGGACCUCAAGGAUCAGAAACAGAAAGUCAUCCAGCAUUUGAACUUGGAUGACAAAGAGCUGGUUAAAGAGCAGAUCAGCCACUUUGAGCAGCGGUGGUCUCAGAUGCAAAACCUAAUUGAAAGAAAAAUCCAAGACUCAGUCGUGACCCUAGAGGAUAUGCAUCAAGUGGAGGCCCGUCUGAAAGAGGCUCGGGAUUGGGCUGAAGAGCAGCAGCCUGCCCUGUCUGAGGCCAUGAAAAUGAGUCCUCCUCCUGAGCUAGCUCAGAGCUUUCUCUUUGAUCACCUGAGCAUCUGCAGUGAGUUGGAGGCGAAGCAACUCCUCCUGGCUCAGGCCAUGGCCGACGCUGACAGGGUGUUAGCGCGGCUGGGCCUCAGUGAACGACAGCAUCUGCAGCAGCUGAUUUCCGACACACAAUCUGAGGUAGAAUCUUUGAGCGUGAAGGUGACGCAGCGAAGAAAACACCUCAGCAAAGCUUUUACUGAGAGGACACAGUUCCUGAUGGCUGUAAGUCAGUCCAUCUCCUGGGUCCAGCAGAAUGAGAAGAAGGCUCAGGCAGAGGAGUACAUUGCUUUGUUACCUGAUGACCUAGCCAAGCAGGUCAGAACCUGUCGCAACAUCCAGAGCAGUCUGAAGGCCUACCAGAGCGAGCUGACAUCCCUCUGGUCUCAGGGGAGAGACCUGAUGAGGGAUGCGAGUGAGGAAGAAAGGAAUGAGAUUCUCACAAAGCUGCAGGAGCUGCAAAGUAUCUUUGACAAAACCCUUCAUAGAUGUGGCCAGAAACUUCAAGAACUUGAAAAAGUGCUUAUCUCUAGGAAGUAUUUCAAGGCUGAUUUAGAGAAAAUAUGCCAGUGGUUGAAGCAAGCUGAUAUAGUCACCUUUCCUGAAAUAAACCUGAUGGUUGGAGACGCUGAACUGGAAGCACAGUUGCUGAAGUAUCAACAAAUAGUUGAGCAGGCAAUUGAGUAUGAGAACCUCCUCCUAAUUGUACAAAGAGCUGGCCAGGAAAUACUGCCGACUCUGAAUGAAGUUGACCACUGCUAUUUAGAUGAAAAACUUAACACCCUUCCUCAGCAGUAUAACAGCAUAUUAGCACUAGCCAAAGAGAAACAGGAGAAAAUCCAGCAGGCCAUUAUUACAAGGAACGAGUACAAGUCUUUCAUAGAUAUCACUCACAAAGCACUGAAAGAACUUGAGGAACAGUAUAAUAAUCUGGGGACUCAGCCUGUAGGCUUGCAAACAGAAGAAGUCGUCAGCCUGCAGAGUGAUUACAAAGCAAUUCAGAAAGAUCUGAGCAACCUGGGUCUAGCAGUGAGUGAACUGAACCAGAAGAAAGAGGGAUUUCGUAGCACUGGCCAGCCGUGGCGCCCGGAGGAAAUGACCCAGCUCGUGAGCCUGUACAAUGGACUGAAGAGGUUGGUGGAACAGAAAGUGGAGCAUCUGGAUGAAACCUUGGAGUCGUUUGAGGACCACAAGGCGAUGGCUAUGCAGGUUGACUCUGAGUUAAAGGCCACAAAAGAGCAGCUGGUUAAAGUGAAUGCAGAAACGCAGUCCGCUGAGGAGAGGCUAAAGAACUACCACGCUCUGGCAGGGAGUCUCCAGAGCGCCAACUCUCAUUUGUCAAGACUCAUGGAGCAGAUGGACACUCUUGCUCCUCGUGUGGACCAAGCAGCCCAUGAUGCCUCGAAAGAGCAAGUGGUGCUCUGGCAAGAGGAGCUGCGAUCCUUACAAGCUGCAGUAGGGGAGCUGAUUGAAGAAUGUGAGAACAGGUUUAUCCAAAGCAAAGACUUUGAGACAGAGAUGAAAAGGACCCUGGACUGGCUGCAGCAAGUCAGGGAUGAUCUGGACUGUGCUGUGAUUGUGGAUGUCAGGGUGGAGAAGGUCCAGGAGGAGAUCAGGAAGCAGCAAAUCAUGCAAGAAGAAGUGCAGUCCAGACUGAGAAUUGUGGCUGCUCUCAGUAGCAGGGAAAAACAGGAGUUUAUCAGUGCCAAUGAGCUUGUCCCAGCCCAUGUAGAUACAAGUCUUGAAGAAAUGGCAAAGCUACAGGCAGAUGUUCAGAAGGCACUGACUGCCAAACAGAUUACUCUGGAGGAAGCCUUGGUGUUGUGUCAGAAAUACCACUUCAGGAUGCAAGCAGCGUGCGAGUGGCUGGAAGAUGCCGUAUCUUUCCUGCAGCAAGCUAGCUUGGGUGUGGAUGUGGAGAACUAUGAAGAGUGUCUGAGGCAGCAGGCGGAUAUCAUGGCCACAGAGCAGGAGUUUCUCAUCCACCUAGAGGAACUGCAAACCCUCCUUCCUCAGCUGGCGAAACUGGUCAACCCUACAGCUAAAGAGCAGCUACGGGUGAGUGUGGAGUCGGCAAAGCAGAGAGGCGUGGAGGUUCGAGAUCAGCUCCAGUGUCACCAGGAAGUCCUUCACAGCUGUGUGGCCCAGUGGAAGUCAUACCAGGAAGCAAGGCAGACUGUCAUUGAGCUUAUGAAUGAGGCUGAAAAGAAACUGACUGAAUUUUCUACUGCAAAGGCAGCCACAAGCCAAGAGGCUGAAGACAAGCUAGGCAGUCACAGAUCCCUUGUAUCUCUGGUGAAUGGCUUCCAAGAGAAGCUGAGUGGUUUAGAGGAACAGGCAGCUCAGCUGGAGUUGGUGGGGAGUGACGCCAGCAAGGCCACCAUCAGUCGCUCCAUGACCACUGUGUGGCAGCGGUGGACACGAUUACGCAGUGUAGCACGGGGACAGGAGAGAGUACUUGAGGACACCGCACAGGAAUGGAGGACUUUCAGAGAGAAGAUGGUGAAGGUUAAAGCGGUCUGCGAUGAGCUCCAAAGUCGUUUUCCUGACAGUGCCGUGGAGAAGGCUUCCAAAGCCACUCUGCAGUCUCUGUUAGAUCAGCAUGACUUGUUGAGCCAAGACUUGGAGCGGGAACUGUCCUCCCUGAUGCUGCUGCGCCAGUACGCACUCAGUCUGCUGCAUGAUGUGGAAGUGCCUUCGCCAACAAAUGGACAAGAUGAGCUGCCCAGCCUGAAGGAGAUCAGAGCUGUACAAGACCGAAUGGAAAGCCUCUUGACACAGUCCAGGACCAAAAGAGCUCAGGCAGCUCAGGAGCUGAGGGACAGAGAGGAAGUGGAGAAGGAACUUAGUGUUGUAAAAGCUUGGAUACAGGAGACCAGGGAACUUCUUCUCAAUCCCACUCCAGACAUUGAUUCUCUGUUGCAGGAGCUUGAGGUUGUGCAUGGAGAUGUGAUCACUUAUCGUCAGAAUGUGGAUAAAUUAGCAGAGCAACAACAGAGCAAGUACCUGGACCUCUACACUAUACUCCCUUCAGAAAUCUCCAUGCAACUAGCAGAGGUCUCGCUCGCUCUGGGUGCUAUUGAGGAUCAGGUUCUUUCCAAGGAGAGAGAAAAUCAGAAAACCAGAGAAAUAAAGGAGGACUUCAGCUCCAGAAUCCAUGACAUGUCAGAGAAACUCAAAGCCAUCUCCACUAAAUUUAAGGAAAAAUCUCCUGAUGUUGACCACGCCAAAGAAGAGGUCAAGAGUCUUUUUGAAGACUUGGAUACUUGCGGUCGCACUCUCGCAGAGCUCGAUGCAGCUGUACAAGAGUUUGGCCGCAGAAACCCCCUGCUGGCCAAACAGCUAAGUGAUGCCAUCAGCAAGCUGUCAGAAAUGCAUCAUCACACAUCAAGACUGGCAGACUGUAGAAACAACUGGCUCAAAAAGGCUGUCUGUUAUUUAGAUGAGUAUAAUGAGAUGCUGGACUUCAUUGUGAGGUGGUCAGAAAAAGCCAAAAGCCUGGUGAGGGCAAACAUCAUCUGGAACUCCUCUGUUCAUCUGCAGGAACAGAUACGGAUGUACCAGGCUGUCCUGCGUGAGUCUCGAGAGCUGCACGGAGACCUUGAAUCCAUGGCAGAGAAAGUAGACCUUCUGUCUGAGGUGCUGCAGGUCGAGUCUAUGAGCCAGCAGGUUUGUGAGCUCAGUCGACACACUGAGGAGCUUCAGCAAAGCAUCAAGACACGACUGCAGAGUCUGCAGGAUGCAGACAAGAGUAUGGAAGCCCUGGAGUAUGAAGUGAAGGCCCUCCAUGUUGCUCUGGAGCAGGUCCAAGCUACACUGACUUCACCAGAGUUGGCACGCCAGAGCCUCAAAGAACAGCUGGCUCAGAGACAGCGUCUGCUGGCAGAUAUGGAGAGCUUCAAGCAGCAGGUUCAGGCCGUGCAGCUGUGUCAGAGUGCGCUGCAGGUCCCAGAGGAGGUGAUGCCUAACCUUGCUAUCUGUCGCACAGCUCUGCGCCUGCAGCAAGAAGCCAGUCACUUGCAGCAUGUAGCCAUUCAGCAGUGCAACAUCUUACAGGAGGCAGUGGUGCAGUACGAGCAGUAUGAACAGGAAGUCAGAGAUCUACAGGGGCUGAUAGAGGAAGCGCACCGGGUCAUUCAGGACCGACCAAUCCCCACCAACAACAUCCAGGAACUGCAAGCCCAGAUCCUACACCAUGAAGAACUUGCCCAAAAGAUCAAAGGUUACCAGGAGCAAAUCGCCUCACUCAACUCAAAAUGCAAAAUGCUGGCAGUGAAGGCCAAGCAUGCCACCAUGCUCCUGACAGUGACUGAUGUAGAGGGUCUGCCUGAGGAUCUCCAGGAGAUGGAUGGGGAGAAAUCAAAGAAACCUGCAGCUCAAGCUGUCGUGAUGACAGCUGGACGCUGUCACACCCUGUUGUCACCUGUAACUGAGGAGUCUGGUGAGGAGGGCACUAACAGCGAGAUCUCUUCUCCUCCUGUGUGCCGUUCUCCUUCUCCCAUAACUCACACUGAAGCAACUGUAACCAAGAUGGGACGAGGGACACUCACAAGAGCUCCCAUUCAAGAACUGUAUGACCCAACCUUUGAGUCUGUGGCCAACUUAGAUGACCUGCAGCGCUCCUGGGAGAGUUUAAAGAAUGUGAUCAGUGAGAAGCAGAGAUCUUUGUAUGAAGCUCUCGAGAAGCAGCAGCAUUACCAGGGUUCACUCCAAUCAAUCUCUUCUAAGAUGGAGGCGUUAGAAGCCAAACUCAGUGAGCCUCUGGAGGGAGAUAAAAGUCCGGAUAGCCACAUAAAGGCACAUAAGGGUCUGAUAGAAGAGAUUCAGAGUGUGCAGGAAGAAAUAGACCGGCUGCAGACAGGCUUCACGGAAGAUUUGGCCACUGAUGCUGUGGACUCAGACAUGGCUGACCAGCUGGCCAUGCAGUCCUCCCUUGCUGUGUUAGCUGAGAGGAUGGCCACCAUCCACAUGAAAGCCUCGGGGAAACAACAAUUAUUAGAGGAGCGUGUCAGUGACCGCCUGGAGGGUCAGAUUCAGGAACAGGCCGUACAGCUCUAUCACACCCAGGCAGAUGAACUGGACCAGUGGUUGGGCAAUAUGCGCAGUGCUGUAAUGUCCCUCCUUGAACCUAAACUUGCAGAGGAGACAGAUAUGGAGAAUCAACUGGCUGAGUGUCAAAACAUGCUGCUGGAGAUUGAAGAGAAGGUGCUGGCCCUCUCAGAGCUGUCAGUUCACAGCGAGAACUUGCUGCGGGGAGGCCGCACAGACACCAGAGAGGAAGCUGAACAUUUGGCGAGGAAGUUACGCACACUCAAGGGUGGUUUGUUGGAGCUGCAGAGGAUGCUACAGGACAAACAGGGUAACAUCCAGGGUUCCCUGCAGGAGCAGGAAGACAGUGAAUCAGACUCCAGCCUCUCUCAGAGUCCCAGUGUACAAGAUUGGCUGGCCCAGGCCCGAACCACACGAACCCAACAGCACCAAGACAGUCUUCAGAGACAGAAGGAACUGGAAGAGCAGCUUGCAGAGCAGAAAAAGCUUCUUCAGUCAGUUGCCAGCAGAGGAGAGGAGAUCCUCAUCCAGCAGGCUUCGCCCAGCAGUGCCAGUAUGACAGAACCAUUUUCACCAGCAGCUUUGGCUGAAAGGGAAACACAGGCUGGACGGGAGCAGAUGAGACAGAGAUGGGAGAGUCUGAGACUGGAGCUCAAAACUAAACUCCAGCUCCUGCAGAAAACCCUGGAGCAGGACCACAAGCAGCCAGUUUUUUCAAGCGCUUCCCGUGUGUCCACAUCUGGGCCGGUGUUUAAAGGAGACACCCAGGCUGACAGGUCCUCUCUGAAGACUCUGUACGAUAGCUUCAGGCAAACAGUAGAAGACGUCACCCCGCAGCCUGGUGGUGGUGAGACACAGGUGGCGCAGAUGGAACAACAGCUCUACACAGCUGUGUCAUCCACCUCCUCCUGGCUGGAUAGUGUGGAGAACAACGUCUUCUCUGGCUCAGUGCUGCUGGCUGAAAAUGCAGAGACCCAGCUACAAAAGCAGGAGACCUUGGAGAACGAUGUAAGGCAUAUGACGGAGGAGGUGAAGCACAGCCAAACUCUGCUCGCUUCAUCUUCAGCGCUAAGGCAUGAAGAACGAGUACUUUUGGAAGACAACCUUAACUGCCUCAAAGAGAGAUUAGGAGCUCUGGGUUGUGCUCUGGGACAACGCUGUGACCAAAUGAGGAGCAGAGCACAUGAACUCACGUCCUAUCAGACUGAAUUGCAGCUUCUUCAAACUGCUUUAAUUGAGACCAAAUGCCAGAUAUUGCAAGCCCUAGCUGGAGCAAUGGAUAGACCAGCGUCAAAACAGCUGGAGGUCAUUGCCAGUGCAGAGGAGAGCCUGAAAGACUUUGAACAAAGAAUCACAGAACUUAAAACCAGAGGAUCAGCCCUGCACGCGGAUCAGAUCUCAACAAACAAACUGCUCAAGCUACAGGAUUCUUACGAGGAGCUGGUGAUGACAGUGGGUUCCCGGCGCAGUGGGCUGAACCAGAACAUGGCACUGAAGGAGCAGUAUGAACGUGCUUUGCAGGACCUGAAAGACCUGGUGGACACAGCUAAAGACAAGAUGGCUGCCGAUCAGAGAAUUAUUGCCAGCUCUGUGGAAGAAGUCCAGAAUCACCUGGACAAACAUAAAGAGUUCUUCCAGGGUCUAGAGUCCCAUAUGAUUCUAACGGAAACAUACUUCAGGAAGAUCAGUGGCCUAAUGCUUCCCAAAGAAAACCAAGCCUUGGAAGAGACACUGGCUGAGGCUCAGAGAGUCCUCAAAGAGGCGCACAGUAAAGGAGUCGAACUGGAGUGUAUCCUAGAGACUUGGUGCCGUUUGGUGCAGGACUACCAGAGUCUGAACCAACAUCUGGAGGCUGUUGAAGAAAGUAUUCCUUCUGUUGGUCUGGUUGAAGAAACUGAAGAAAGGCUUAUGGACAGAAUAUCACUGUAUCAGGGUCUGAAGGGGAGACUAGCAGAGCACCAGCACAAGCUCUACCAGGUAUUGGAUGAAGGUAAACAUCUGUUACUGUCAGUGUGCUGCCCCUCGCUGGAGAAUCAGCUCGCACUCUUAGGGGAACACUGGCUCAACAACACUGCCAAGGUCAACAAGGAGUUACAACGCCUGGAGGCUAUUCUGAAACACUGGACCAGGUAUCAAAGGGAGUGUGGAGAGAUGAGCGAAUGGCUGCAGUCUGCUCUGGAGCGUCUGGAGUUUUGGAACACGCAGGCGGUGUUAGUGCCACAGGAGCUGGAAACCGUCAGAGAUCAUCUCUCUGCUUUCCUUGAAUUUUCAAAAGAAGUUGAGGGAAAGUCUAGCCUUAAGAGCUCAGUGGUUAAUGAGGGCAACCAGCUGCUGCGGCUGAAGAAAGUGGACACGGUGGUAUUGCGCUCUGACCUGGCACGUAUUGACACUCAGUGGGCUGAGCUACUCACACGCAUCCCAGUGGUCCAGGAGAAGCUGCAUCAGAUCCAAAUGGAAAAACUGGCCUCCCGUCAUGCCAUUUGUGAGCUGUUUAACUGGAUAUCACUGAUGGAGAGUGUCAUUGACGAGGAUGAAGAAAACCUCAAGAGUGCUGUGGGAUCAAGUGUGAUUCAAGACUAUUUGCAAAAAUAUAAGGGAUUCAGAGUAGAUUUAAGCUGUAAGCAGCUGACUGUGGACUUUGUCAACCAGUCAGUGCUGCAGCUCAGUGGUCAGGAUGUGGAGAGCAAGCGCAGUGAUAAAACAGACUUCGCUGAGCGUCUGGGAGCCAUGAACAGGCGCUGGCAGAUCCUACAAGGCCGCAUCAAUGAGAGGAUCCAGUUCCUUGAGAGCCUCUUGGAGAUGUGGUUAGAUUAUGAGAGCAGCAUUCAGGCCUUGAAGUCUUGGAUGGCAACUCAAGAAGAAAGGCUGAAGAGGAAACACCGGAUAGAGGAUCUGACAUCUGUGCAGAAUGCUCUAAAAGACUGCCAGGAAAUGGAGGAGCUGGUAAAAGAAAAAGAGAAAGAGCUGGAGCGAGUCGAAGAGCAAGGCUGUGCCCUUGUUCAAAAUAAGACUGAUGAGGCCUGUGCUAUCGUCAUGGAGACACUCCAAGGUGUCAAUCACACCUGGGCUAACCUGGACCACUUGAUUGGGCAGCUAAAGAUCAGCUUGAAGUCAGUGCUGGACCAGUGGACUCUAUACAAACACGCUUCAGAGGAGAUCAAUGGCUACCUGAUGGAGGGAAGGUACUCUGUGUCUCGUUUCCGCCUCCUCACAGGCUCACUGGAGGCUGUUCAUCUGCAAGUGCAAAGUCUGCAGGAUUUGCAAGGGGAACUGGAAAAACAGGAGAGCAGUCUCAGAAAAUUUGGUGCUGUUACCCACCAACUGCUGAGAGAGUGCCACCCUUCAGUGUCAGAUUCUCUCAACAAUGCCCUGAAAGAUGUCAACGCAAGAUGGACUGGCUUACUGGAGGAGAUUGGAGAGCGUCUCAGAAGCAGCAAAGCGCUGCUUCAGCUGUGGCAGCGCUACAAAGAGCUUUAUGAGCAGAGCUGCAACAGCAUCCAGCUGCAGGAGGAAAAAGCAGAUCAGCUCCUCAAGACCACCUGCAACAAGGACAUUGCUGACGAUGAGGUGUCUGACUGGAUCCAAGAAUGCAGCGAGUUGCUCAGGUCCCAAGCUCCGGUCCAGGCCUCACUUCAAGUUCUCCAAGAACUGGGAGAGCAGCUGAAACAGCAGGUGGAUACAUCAGCAGCAUCUGCUAUCCAGUCCGAUCACCUUUCUCUCACCCAGCGGCUGGCUGCAGUGGAACAGGCUCUUACUAGACAGCUCACCGCCCUACAGACUGGAGUUCAAGACUAUGAAACCUUUAACCAUCAACUGGAAUCACUGGGGUCCUGGGUAGUUGAAGCUGAAGAGGCUCUGAAGGCACAAGAUCCUAAUGGCUCUACUGACCUAACGGUCAUCCAGGACCGCAUGGAGGACCUCAAGAGGCUCAUGUUGAAAUUCAGCAGUAUGGCACCUGAGCUAGAGCGUCUUAAUGAGCUUGGUUACCGGCUCCCUCUUAACGAUUCUGAGAUUAAGCGCGUGCAGAACCUCAACAGAAGCUGGUCCACCGCCUCAGCACAGACCACAGAGAGAUUCAGCAAGCUUCAGUCAUUCCUGCUGCAGCAGCAGACCUUCCUUGAAAAGUGUGAAACAUGGAUGGAAUUCUUGGUCCAAACAGAAGAGAAUCUGGCUGUGGAAAUUUCAGGGAACUACCAGAGUUUGAUGGAACAGCAGAAAGCCCAUGAGUUAUUCCAAGCAGAGAUGUUCAGUCGGCAGCAGAUCCUCCACUCCAUCAUCAGUGAUGGACAGAGAAUGUUAGAGCAGGGUCAGGUAGAUGACAGAGAUGAGUUCAAUCUGAAGUUGGCUCUGCUGAGUAACCAGUGGCAGGGCGUAGUGCGACGUGCUCAGCAAAGGCGCGGGAUCAUUGACGGUCUCAUCCGCCAGUGGCAGCGGUAUAGAGAAAUGGUGGACAAGCUGCGCAAAUGGCUCUUGGAAGUGUCCCAUCGUACAGAGACACUUCAGGCAGGGAAUACAGUUCCUCUGCAACAAGCGCGUGCUAUGCUGGACGCGGUCCAGAUGAAGGAAAAGGUGCUGCAGCGUCAGCAGGGCAGCUAUAUCUUGACAGUGGAGGCUGGCAGGCAAUUGCUUUUAUCAGCUGAUAGCCGAGCAGAGGCGACCCUGCAGGCAGAGCUCACUGAUGUCCAGGAGCGAUGGAAACAAACCAGCAUACGGCUGGAAGAACAGAAGAAAGAACUUUCCACUCUGUUAAAGGACUGGGAGAGGAGUGAAAAAGGGAUUUGUGGAUCACUGGAAAAGCUCCGAGCCUUCAAAAAGCAGCUUUCUCAACCUAUUCCCGAUCACAAUGAGGAUCUGCAAGCUGAACAGAUCCGCUGCAAGGAUUUGGAAAAUACAUUUGACGGCUGGACAGGCGAUCUGGCCCAUCUGACCUUACUGAGAGAGUCACUUUCUUCCUACAUCAGUGCUGAGGACCUUUCUGUCCUACAAGAGCGUAUUGAGCUGCUGCAUAGACAGUGGGAUGAAAUCUGCCACCAGCUGUCACUGCGGAGGCAGCAGGUAAGCAAGAAGCUAAAUGAGUGGACUGUCUUCAACGAGAAGUAUAAGGAGCUCUGCGAGUGGCUCACUAACAUGGAGAGCAAGGUGUCCCAGAAUGGAGACGUCAGCAUUGAGGAGAUGAUUGAGAAGCUUCGCAAGGACUACCAGGAGGAGAUCACAGUAGCAGAGGAGAACAAGCUACAUUUGCACCAGCUGGGAGAGCGCCUGGCCAGGGCCAGUCACCAGAGCAAAGCCACUGAAAUCGAACAAAAACUCAACAAAGUCAGUGACCGCUGGCAGCAUCUCCUCGAUCUCAUUGGAGCGCGAGUAAAGAAACUGAGAGAAACUCUAGUGGCUGUGCAGCAGCUAGAUAAAAACAUGAGCAGCCUGCGCUCUUGGCUCGCCCACAUCGAAACAGAGCUGUCCAAACCUAUCGCCUAUGACUCCUGUGAUGCCCAAGAGAUUCAGAGGAAGCUCGAUCUGCAGCAGGAGCUUCAGCGUGACAUAGAGAAGCACAGUACAGGAGUGGCGUCUGUGCUGAAUCUAUGUGAGGUGCUUCUGCAUGACUGUGACGCCUGUGCCACCGAUGCAGAGUGCGACUCCAUCCAGCAGGCAACGCGGAGCCUUGAUCGCCGCUGGAGGAGCAUCUGUGCCUUGUCUAUGGAGAGGAGAUUAAAGAUUGAGGAGACAUGGCGUUUAUGGCAAAAGUUCCUGGACGACUUUGCACGUUUUGAGGAGUGGCUGGCCACUUCAGAAAACACAGCUGCUCUACCCAACUCCUCUGGUGUGCUGUAUACUGUAGCCAAGGAGGAACUAAAGAAAUUUGAGGCCUUCCAGAGACAAGUUCACGAGAGUCUGACUCAGUUGGAGUUAAUCAAUAAGCAAUACCGCCGCCUGGCCAGAGAAAACCGCACCGACUCUUCCUGCCGGCUGAAGGAGAUGGCACAUGAUGCCAACCAGCGAUGGGACAACCUGCAGAAGAGGGUGGCAUCCAUCCUCCGCAGGCUUAAGCACUUUAUUAGUCAGAGAGAGGAGUUUGAGACAGCCAGAGAUGGCAUUUUGGUUUGGCUGACAGAGAUGGACCUUCAGCUGACCAACAUCGAGCACUUCUCUGAAUGUGACAUUCAGGCCAAGAUCAAACAACUCAGGUCAUUCCAGCAGGAGAUUUCUCUAACAACAGCCAAGAUCGAGCACAUCUUCCACCAGGGCGAGGCUCUGAUAGAGAAGAGUGAGCCUCUGGAUGCUGCUGUCAUCGAGGAAGAGCUGGAGGAGCUGCAGCGCUACUGUCAGGAGGUGUUUGGUCGAGUGGAGCGCUACUACAAGAAACUCAUUCGCCUUCCUCUUGCAGAUGACGACACUGAAGUGUCAUUGUCCGAUCGUGAGCUGGAGCUAGAUGAGCAUUGUGAUUUGUCCAGUCUGCCGUGGAGUGAACGUUUGGGGGAUGGCUUCCUGUCGCCUCUGCCGUCCUCCGGUCGCUCAGCUUCCUUGGCUGCCCAGAUCCGGACUGAGCGCUCGGGCAGAGACACCCCAGCAAGCGUGGACUCCAUUCCCCUGGAAUGGGACCACGACUACGACCUGAGCCGUGGGCUUGAGAGUGCAAGCAGGGCACUCAGAGAGCAGCAGAGUGAAGAGGGAGACUUCCUUCAGCGCCCUGCCUCAGGCUUGUCAGAUGUAGUGAUCCCAGAGAGCCCUGAGGCCUUUGUUAAACUAACAGAACAAACACUGAGGUCUUCCACUGGGGAGGUUGCUGCUGCAGACUCUCAUAUUCACCCUCUGGAUAUCAGCCGUUUCCACCUGCAACAAACAGACAGCAGCCGCAGCCGUACUUCUGCAAGCACAGAGAUGGACUCCUCAUACAUGGGAUAUCUGCGACUGAUGGGCGAGUGUCGUGGAAGUAUUGACACAGUGAGGAGGGUGGGCUCUGAGCUGAAGGAGGAAGAGGAUACGGUGUCUGGACUGGCAGAUCCCAGCAGCUCAGAGUCCCAGACUUCAGGAGUGAUUGAGCGCUGGGAGCUCCUGCAGGCUCAGGACCUCAGCAAGGAGAUGAGAACAAAGCAGAACGAGCAGCAGUGGCAGCAGCUGAACUCUGACCUGAACAAAAUCUUGACUUGGCUGGGAGAGACAGAGGAAGAGCUGGAGCAGCAGCGGAGACUGGAGCUCGGCACGGACAUCCAGACGAUUGAGCUGCGUAUCAAAAAGCUCAAGGAGCUGCAGAAGGCGUAUGACAAGCGCAAAGCUAUAGUGCUUUCCAUCAACUUGUGCAGUGCGGAGUUUCUGCAUUCAGAGACAGACGAGUCCCGAGAGCUACAAGCCAAACUGAAAGACAUGAACAACCACUGGGAUAAACUCGGCAGCGCGCUGGAAGAAUGGAGGUCUUCAUUACAGGAAGCUCUGAUGCAGUGUCAAGAAUUUCAUGAGAUGAGUCACGGUCUGCUGCUCUGGUUGGAAAACAUCGAUCGCAGGAGGAAUGAGGUGGUUCCCAUUGAUCCGAUCCAGGACAGUGACACUCUCCAUGAGCAUCACAAAACACUCACGCAAAUCCGCCAGGAGCUGCUAGACUCACAGCUUAAAGUUGCUUCACUACAAGACAUGUCCCUCCAGUUGCUGGUCAACUCGCAGGGCAGUGAUUGCUUGGAGGCUAAGGAGAAGGUUCACGUCAUAGGAAACCGCCUAAAACUGCUGCUAAAGGAAGUAACCCGAGACCUCAGAGAGCUGGCCAAGAUUCUGGACAUCACAAGCAGUCAACAGGAUCUUUCCUCUUGGUCGUCUGCUGAUGAGCUGGACACGUCUGGCUCCCUCAGUCCUGUAUCAGGAAGGAGUACUCCCAGUCACAGACGAUCGCAACGGGGCAAAUGUAGUCUGUCACAGCCUGGACCCUCUGUGAGCAGUCCACACCACAGGCCUCACAGCGACGCUGGAUCCGCUUCCUUCCCUUCUGACUCGGAGACACGAUCAUCUCGUAGGUCCUCGUUUCUGUGGCGCGUCUUCUGGGUCGCACUGCCUCUCCAGCUCUUCCUGCUCCUGUUAGUGGUUUUUGCCUUUCUGCUGCCAAUGUCCGAGGAGGACUACUGUGCUCAGUCCAACAACUUUGCUCAUUCCUUCUACCCGAUGCUGAGCUACACCAACGGACCGCCUCCAGUGUAGAUGGAUGUAAAAACGACUUAUGUUUAGUAUUCUUGAGCCAGAAUGACCUUAGUGGGAUUCAUGUUGAUAUCCUUGAAACGGUUAAUCACGUUGGGAGCAAAAACAAAUCCUGCUCGUCCAUUUUUACUGCAGAAUAACAGCUGCCAUCUACAGUUAAUAUCUUUGUGUGUAGCACAUAGGAUCAAGCAUCUCACUAUGUUACUCUGUGUAAUGCUGUGUCAGUUAAUUUGCAUUUUUGGUGUAACGGAUCUGGAGGUUUCUGCCCACAGUGGACAUCUGCUGGAUAAACGACGUGUCGACUCAGUGGUGUAAACAUGACGUAACUUCUCUCAAGCCGAUAGCACCAAAGUUAAAUGCUGAAAUAUAGCCUGUGAAUUUGCUUGUAACUAAAAGUUUGUAAACAGCAAAAACAUUUAAUAUAUCUUACAUUGCAAUUAUUUUUUUACCUGUAUUUUGGCAUGCAGUUUUAAUCCUUGCUUUUACUUACUUACAUCCAUCGUUGUGUCUGUGGUAAUCGGUCCAUUUUUAACUUGAACCACAUUGAUUCAUGCAAGAGUCAUUUAAGCCAAGUCAAGUGAAUUUAAUAUCCAAGUCAGACGCAACGCAGGAGUUUAACCUUUAACAGUCAUCCAUGGUCUUUAUACAUUCUGCUGUUUUAUUUUUUCAAGAUAUGAAAUAUGUCUUUAAGAUUGAGAAAUAUGACCAAUAGAAUUAUUGCAUAUUUUGUAAGACUGUGAGUUCAGUAUCAAAUGUAUAACAGUCCAGAGUUAUUUAACAUAUGUAUAUAAUGCAAAAAGAAAUAAUAUGAGAAAUGUAUGUAUAUGCGACUCUCAAAAACAAUGAAUGCCAAACCUUCAUUCUAAAA